UAAAAUGUUGAUAAUUCGUUGCUUACAUUGUUGCGCUUAGUAGAGGUCGCCACCUGCAACACAACAUUGUCUCGUUCAUUAGUGAAAGAGAAACCGUUGGCCUAGGAUGUAUGUUUUGAUGCGUGAUCAAAUUUAAAGGUUAGAAGUUUAUUCCAAAGUAAAAAGUAUGUCUGAAUCAUCAUUAGUCGAAGAUAGUACAUCUACUAAGUUGACAUCUACAUUAGAAAAUUAUCUAAAGAAAUUGGACGAAAAUACAACUCAUCAUGAGUAUAUGAUCGCUUUGUUUAUAGUUCUCUUCUCGGAAUCUGGUUUUUACGUAUUACCUAUGUCCGAAGCUUCUUUUAGCAAAAAUAAGAAGCUUAUAUAUACAUCACCAAAACAAUGGAAAACUAUGAAAAAUAUUUAUGAGAUCAAACUAGUAUUGAAAGAUCUACCUAAUGUGAUAUGCAAAUUAGUUGCCAUAUCUUCCGGAGAUAGGUUGAUUCUUAAUUUCUUUUCGACCAUGGGAGAAAAGAAUGUUUAUAGUAUUGCUAUACAAAGUUUAAGAUAUGUGAAUCCUUUUUCAAAUAACCUUACUAGCCGUUAUAUGAAUCUUAAGGAAAUAUCACACAGGUUCAAAGAUGCAUUAGUUAUGCGAGUACGAGCAGAUAUUUUAACGGAAGCUGGCCUUAUCAAUCCUAGUUUACAAGGUUUACCUACAGAAUUAAAAUUAAAAAUUCUGGGGAUGUUAGAAGCUCCUGCAUUAAUGCAAGUUUCACAGUGUUCUCGCCAUUUCAACAUAUUAUCUAAGGAACCACGUUUAUGGCAAGCUUUAUUGCGCAGAGACUUUGCAGAAAAGCAAGUAAAACCGGAUAAAAGUUGGCUAAGUUGCUAUCGUACAAGAUAUACAGAACGCAAUAGAAAACGACGUCAUCAUGACACUAGUUGCAGUAUUUGCGAACCAGAAAUCAGUCGCUACCAUCCAUCUUUGGUACAACCAAGAGUAGAUGUACCUCCAAACGUUGGAAGUUAUAACAUGCCAUCACUAGCAGAUUUUUUAAGAUUACAUUCGUCUAGACAAUCUCAUUUAGAUUUUAGUAGUCUGUUUAGAUAUAGAUUUGGAUCUCGGUUUGGUCGUUAGUUGAAUUAUACUUUAAGUGGAAUAUAUAUGUGUAUAUAUUUAUAUACACAUCUAUUUUUUAAGAGAAGAAUGUUAAAUAAUUAUCUACUAUAUAUAUACAUACAUAUAUAUAUAUAUAUAUAUAUAUAUAUAUAUCGUGUAAUUACCUUUAUAGAUAACGCAUUUUUAAAUGCUUUGUAUAACGCAAACAUUGAGUAAUUUUUGAACAAUAUGAAUUACAUAAAACUGAGAUUUAUUAUAUAAUGUAAACCGAAGGUCACAAGCAUUCUAUCGGUUAUAAUGAAUAAUUAAUAAAGAGAAGCAAACAUAUUUUCUCAUACACAAUGAACAUAUAUGUACAUAAAAAAAAAGAUACAUAUUUCAUUGGUGUCAUUCACCGGAUAUGUUUGUUGAUAUUCUUGCAGUAA